UGCUUUUCAUAAAAAGGUAAAAUGCCAGAAACAAUAUUAUAAGGCUCUGAAUUAUCCUCAUUUGAUUCUUUCUUCCUUUUGUUUUCUUACAGGGUGAAAUUCCGGAGUGCUGCUUUUUGCUUUGAGAAGUCAUUGUUUAAAGGAAAAGAUCACAAGAUAAGAAUCUUUUGCCUUGUGAAACUCCAAAUGCUGGACAGCUAGAAUUUUAAAGAGAAUGGGCCAGGAACAAAUUCUUGCCUUCUCUGUUCAAACUUCAAGUCCAGUUGUUACCAAGACUCAGAUUUUCCAAAGCAUCACAGGCCAUGGCUGAUGCAAUUGUUUCUUCUCUUGUGAGUCCAAUCCUGGAGAACUUGAGCUUGCAGGCUCUCAAAGAGGCUGGGCUUGCUUGGGGCCUUGACACUGAGCUUGAGAAUCUCGAAAGCACCUUCGCAAUUGUUCAAGCUGUGCUCCAGGAUGCAGAGGAGAAGCAAUGGAAGAACAAGGCUUUAGAGAUUUGGUUAAGACGCCUCAAGGAUGCAGCUUAUGAUGUUGAUGAUGUACUGGAUGACUUUGCAAUUGAAGCUCGAAGGCAUCGGCUGCAAAAAGAUCUAAAAAAUCGACUACGAUCCUUCUUUUCUCUUGAUCAUAAUCCACUUAUUUUUCGAUUGAAAAUGGCGCAUAAGUUGAAAAAUGUGAGAGAGAAACUGGAUGUCAUUGCCAAUGAGAACAAAAAGUUCGAGCUAACAACACGAGUUGGGGACGUAGCAGUAGAUACCUACGAUGGGCGGCAUACAAGCAACAUCCUGAAUGAAUCAAGCUCAGUCGUGAAUGAAUCAGAAAUUUAUGGAAGAGGCAAGGAGAAAGAGGAACUAAUCAACAUCCUGCUCGCUAAUGCAGACGAUCUCCCUAUUUAUGCUAUAUGGGGAAUGGGGGGGCUCGGGAAAACAACACUUGCUCAAAUGGCCUACAAUGAAGAAAGGGUUAAGCAACAAUUCGGUUUGAGGAUAUGGGCGUGUGUCUCUACUGAUUUCGAUGUAAGAAGAAUAACAAAAGCCAUCAUAUAGUCCAUUGAGGGUGCCUCAUGUGAUCUUCAAAAAUUGGAUGACUUGCAACAACGCCUCCAACAAAAGUUAACUGGAAAGAAGUUUUUGCUUGUACUAGAUGAUGUGUGGGAUGAUUAUGAUGAUAGGUGGAAUAAAUUGAAAGAGGUAUUAAGGUCCGGAGCUAAAGGUAGUGCUGUAAUAGUAACUACGCGUAAUGAGAUGGUUACUCGUAGAAUGGCAGCAACUUUUGUCCAGCCCAUGGGGAGAUUGUCUGAAGAAGAUUCUUGGCAUUUGUUUCAACGGCUUGCAUUUGGGAUGAAAAGGACAGAGGAGCGGGCGCAACUGGAAGCCAUUGGAGUAUCAAUAGUGAAGAAGUGUGGUGGUGUUCCAUUAGCUAUAAAGGCACUCGGGAACCUAAUGCGGCUAAAAGAUAAUGAAGAUCAGUGGAUAGCUGUCAAAGAAAGUGAGAUUUGGGAUCUAAGAGAAGAAGCAAGCAAGAUUUUACCUGCUUUGAGGUUGAGUUACACUAAUCUAUCACCACAUUUGAAGCAAUGCUUUGCGUUUUGCGCAAUAUUUCCAAAAGAUCAGGUGAUGAUGAGGGAGGAGCUGAUUGCUUUGUGGAUGGCAAAUGGCUUUAUUUCUUGCAGAAGAGAAAUGAAUUUGCACGUCACGGGUAUUGAGAUAUUCAAUGAACUAGUGGGAAGGUCAUUUCUGCAAGAGGUCGAGGAUGAUGGAUUUGGCAACAUCACAUGUAAAAUGCAUGAUCUUAUGCAUGAUCUCGCACAAUCCAUUGCAGUACAAGAAUGCUAUAUGAGUACAGAAGGCGAUGGGAAGUUGGAAAUUCCUAAAACUGUCCGUCAUGUAGCUUUUUAUAACAAAUCAGUAGCUUCGUCUUCUAAAGGUCUCAAGGUCCUAUCACUUCGCUCACUUCUUUUGAGGAAUAAAUAG